AUGGGCGCCGCUGUGGGCCUUGCGCUGGCGUCAGUCGUCUGGGCGCAGGAUGCCGGCGACGCUGCUUCCUGGAGCGCGCUGGGCAGGUCUUUGAGGCGGGAGCAACGGCCCGCGGAGGCGGAGGCGGCGCUGCGGCGCGCGCUGCAGCUGUCGCCGCAGGCGGAGGACGAGAACUUGCUGGGCCUCUUGCUCUUCGAGCAACAACGGCCUGAGGAGGCCGCGGAGAGCUUCCGUGCGGCCAUUGCCCGAAAUCCGGGCGACGCGCAGGUUUACAGCAACCUGGCGGUGGCUUUGUCGGAGCUGGGGCGCAGUGAGGAGGCCAUCGCCAGCUGCCGCCUCGGCCUGGCCAGGAGCAAAAGCGUCAAGGCCCAAAACUUCCUGGGGGAGCUGCUGUUGGGCAGCGGCCGCAUCGAGGAAGCGAUGCAGAUCUUCAGGGAGUCGUGGGCCAUGGCCCCGGCGGAGCCCGAGACGAAUCACCAGCUGGGCUCCGUGCUGAUGCUGCGCUCCGCCUUCGCGGAGGCUGUGCCACACCUGCUACAAGCCUUGCAGCACAGAGGCGAGGACAAGUCGCUCUGGAGCCUGCUGGGCUACGCCUACGAGCUGGACGACAAGGACGCCCAGGCCGAGACCCUCUUUAGGGCCAUGCUGAACACCUCGUUCAAGGAGGCGGCCCUCUGGCGCCUGAGCCGCCUGGCGCGGGUGCGGGGCGAGGGGGAGGCGGCGGAAAAGCUGCUGCGGGAGGUGCUGGAGCUGGGCUCCAAGGAGGCGCCCCGGUACCGCCGGGAGUUGGGCAGCGCGCUCUUCAUCCAAGGCCGGGAAGCGGAGGCGGAGGCGGAGUGGCUGGGCUCCUUGGAGGAGCUGCGCAAGGCGGGGCUGUCGCUGGUGCACUUCAACUCCAACUUCGAGUUUUCAGAGACGCGGUACCAGGAGGCACGCGCAGCUGAGGACGCGGCCUUUCGCCAUCACGUGGGGCAGGGCCCUUUGCUGGAGAUGCUGCGCGCGGUGCGGCGCCGGGAGAACACCAGCGACUGGCUUCUCACCUGGGCCCGCGAGAGCGCGGGGCGCUUCCGCGGCGCACGCCUGGUGAGCUAUGGCGUCACCUACUUCCAGGCCUGGCGCGAGGUCUGUGAGCAGGCACCAGUCCAGGCUGCCCUUUCGGCUGAUGCGCCCUCUGCAGUGGUGGUCGGUAGCGCGCUGGGUUACCAGUGCGCCUUCGCCUUGGCCCUGGGCUUCAGUCGCUGUGUCGGUUACGACCUCCUCUGCGACAGCAUGGUGGCCGAAUCUCAGAAGAUGGCCGAGGAGAGCGGCCUUUCUGAUCGGAUCCAGUUCCACUGCGGGGAUGCCAGCGCCGCUGGCGAGCUGCAGCAGGCCGCCCUGGUGUGGAUGAAUGACGACAGCUUCCCGCGCGAGUCCCUGCGGGCCCUGCGGGCGGCGGCUCGGAGCGCCGUGCUGGUCUCCUACCGCGCGCCUGAGAUCGAGGAGCCGCAUUGGCGCUGGGCAGCUGUCCUGAAGGCCAAAGUGUCCUGGAACGAAGAUCAGUUUCUGCACAUCCUGACGCCUGGCACGGAGAUGAGCGUACGGGGCACGUACGGAAAGGGAUAUGGUGGCUACGGCAAAGGCUGGGGCAAGGGCUACGGCUUUGACCCCUGGGGCAAGGGCAUGAUGAUGGGAGCCUACGGCGGGAUGAUGAUGCCACCAAUGUUCGGUCUCAAGGGCAAGGGCAAGGGCAAAGGCAAGAGCCCGCUGAAAGUCGUGUGGCAUCAAAGCAUCCUGCCCUCUCUGCCGCGCCACUUGCGCUCCGCAGAAGCUGCUGCCGCUGCUGCACUACGCCUCCGCAGAGAAGAAAACCAACCGCUGGACCCGGCCAAGAAGGUUUGGAUUGGAAACAUCCCAGAGGGAGCCACCUGGAAGGAGUUGCAGACGCUGGUGGAUGAGGUUGCCAAGAGCAAGUGGGUGGAGAUCUUCCGUGGCAAGGGCAAGGGCACUGCUGCGGUGGUGUACGCCACACCGGAGGAAGCUUCGGAGGCGGUCUCCAAGCUGAAUGGACUGUCCCUGGGCGGUCAGUCCAUUGUCGUGGACUCCUGGGAGAAAGGCACCAAGUAG